AUGGAUCUGUUCCGAAAGCUGUGGAGAGCCAGGAAGCUGCUGGUGGUGGUCCUCAUCCCUCUGUCCCUGCUCCCGCUGCCGCUCAUCCAUCCAACCAGCGAGGCAUGCUGUGCGUACGUCCUGAUCGUCACUGCCAUUUACUGGGUGUCCGAGGCGGUUCCUUUGGGUGCUGCUGCCCUGGUCCCUGCCUUCCUCUAUCCACUGUUUGGGGUGCUUAAGUCCAGCGAGGUGGCAGCAGAGUACUGUAAGGACACCACUCUGCUGCUGAUGGGAGUGAUCUGCCUCGCAGCUUCUAUUGAGAAGUGGAACCUGCACAAGCGCAUUGCUCUGAGGAUGGUGAUGGUCGCAGGAGCCAAACCAGGAAUGCUGGUGCUGGGCUUCAUGUGCUGCACGGUCUUCUUGUCUAUGUGGUUGAGUAACACGUCCACCACAGCCAUGGUGAUGCCCAUCGCAGAGGCAGUGCUGCAGCAGCUCAUCUGCACCGGGCUGGCGGACAACCUGGAGAACCCUGACAGCACCGACGGGACUGAGGACGACCCCCCAGACGACCACGACAAGGAGAAGGACCUGGAGAAAAGCAUGGAGAAAAACCAACUGGAGCUGCUUUAUCGCGAUGAUAGCCAUAACUGCACUAAACAGGAACUGUCUGCUGUCAGUGAGAGCGGAGGGCUGAACGGUCUCUGUCUAAUCUCAGAUGGCACAAAGAACACAAAUGGACAUUUACCACAGUUGGCAGUAGAGAUCCCAAAUGUGAAGAGAGUGAAGAUGAGGAGAGACUCGCAGUACCCGACAAAGAAGGACCAUAUGAUCUGCAAAUGCCUGACCCUGAGCAUCACGUACGCCGCCACCAUCGGAGGACUCAUGACCAUCACCGGCACGUCCACAAACCUCAUCUUUUCCGAGCAGUUCAACACGCGCUAUCCAGAUGCUAAAGUCAUCAAUUUUGGAACUUGGUUCAUCUUCUCUUUCCCCAUCGCCAUCAUCAUGCUGGUCCUCACCUGGCUCUGGUUGCAUUUCCUCUUUCUGGGCUGCAAUUUCAGGGAGACUUGUUCUCUGAGUAAGAAACGCAAAACCAGACGAGAGAUGCUGUCGGAGCAAAGGAUCCACGAGGAAUAUGAAAAACUGGGCCCAAUCAGUUACCCGGAGGUGGUGACCGGAGUCUUCUUCGUCCUGAUGACUCUGCUGUGGUUCACACGAGAACCAGGCUUCGUCCCAGGUUGGACCUCGCUGUUUGAGAAAAAAGGCUACAGGACGGAUGCCACAGUGUCAGUGCUGUUGGGUUUCCUCCUCUUUCUCAUUCCGGCUCGAAGGCCCUUUUCCUCUUCCUGCUCAUCUGGAUGUAAAGACAUAGACUCUGAGGACGACUCGCUGACUCCAAUGAUCACCUGGAAGGACUUCCAAAGACUGAUGCCGUGGGAGAUCGUGAUCCUGGUGGGAGGGGGCUACGCUCUGGCAGCCGGCUGUAAGGUGUCAGGUCUGUCCGUGUGGAUCGGUCGGCAGCUGGAGCCCAUGAGCGGCCUGCCUCCGUGGGCUGUGACCCUGCUGGCCUGCCUCCUAGUGUCCGCGGUCACAGAGUUUGCCUCUAACCCGGCCACUCUCACUGUGUUCCUGCCCAUUCUCUGCGCACUGUCAGAGACCCUGCAGAUUAACCCUCUCCACACCCUGAUCCCUGCCACCAUGUGCGUGUCGUUCGGCGUCAUGCUUCCUGUAGGAAACCCCCCGAACGCCAUCGUCUUCAGUUAUGGACACGUGCAGAUCCGAGACAUGGUGAAAGCUGGGUUUGGAGUGAACCUGAUCGGAGUGGCAGUGGUCAUGUUGGCCAUCACUACUUGGGGCGUCCCUUUGUUCAACCUCUCAGAGUUCCCCGUCUGGGCCAUGGGCAGGAACGUCACCGUGGGCCUAUAA